AUGGUUGAUGCUUUCUGCGCCUCGUGGAAACUGGUGGACAGCCACAACUUUGAUGAAUACAUGAAGUCUCUGGGUGUUGGUUUUGCCACAAGACAAGUGGGCAACGUGACCAAGCCGACGGUGGAGAUCAGCCAGGACGGAGACAAAGUGGUGGUGAAGACCCUGAGCACCUUCAGGAACACCGAGGUCUCCUCCAAGCUGGGAGAGGAGUUCGACGAGACCACGCCCGACGACCGCCACGUCAAAUCGACCUUCACCAUGGACGGAGACAAACUUGUGCAGGUGCAGAAGUGGGACGGGAAAGAGACCAAGUUUGUGAGAGAAAUCAAGGACGGGAAGAUGGUGAUGACUUUGACCUUUGAGGGAGUCCAGGCCGUCCGCACGUAUGAGAAAGCCUAA